CGCACCACCACCAACAACAACAACAACACAUCAUCCAUUGUCUACAGCGUUACAGCAACAGUGUGCAAAGAUGAAGAACUACACCAGCAGCAGCUUGUGCCUGCUGCUGCUUCUCGUGGUGCUCUGCAGCUUGACAUGUAACUCGGCACAAGGACAAGUUCUCUUCCAGGGUUUCAACUGGGAGUCGUGGAAGCAGCAGGGGGGCUGGUACAACACGCUCAAAGGCCAGGUCGACGACAUCGCCAACGCCGGCGUUACCCACGUCUGGCUCCCGCCGCCGUCGCACUCGGUGUCGCCGCAGGGGUACAUGCCGGGGCGGCUCUACGACCUGGACGCGUCCAGGUACGGCACGGCGGCGGAGCUCAGGUCGCUGAUCGCGGCGUUCCGCGGCAGGGGCAUCCAGUGCGUCGCCGACGUGGUGAUCAACCACCGGUGCGCCGAGAAGAAGGACGCCCGCGGCGUGUACUGCGUGUUCGAGGGCGGGACGCCCGACGACCGCCUCGACUGGGGCCCCAGCAUGAUCUGCAGCGACGACACGGAGUACUCCGACGGCACGGGGCACCGCGACACCGGCGAGGGGUUCGCCGCGGCGCCCGACGUCGACCACCUCAACCCGCGCGUCCAGCGGGAGCUCACCGACUGGCUCGACUGGCUCAAGUCCGACGUCGGCUUCGACGGCUGGCGCCUCGACUUCGCCAAGGGAUACUCCACGGCCAUCACCAAGACAUACGUCGAGAACUGCAAGCCGAGCUUCGUCGUCGCCGAGAUAUGGAACUCGCUGAGCUACAACGGCGACGGCAAGCCAUCGACCAACCAGGACCAGGGCCGGCAGGAGCUGGUGAACUGGGUGAACGCCGUCGGCGGGCCGGCCAUGACGUUCGACUUCACCACCAAGGGCCUACUGCAGGCAGGCGUGCAGGGUGAGCUCUGGCGGCUGCGCGACGGCAACGGUAAGGCCGCCGGCAUGAUCGGGUGGCUGCCGGAGAAGGCCGUCACCUUCGUCGACAACCACGACACCGGCUCGACGCAGAAGCUGUGGCCGUUCCCGGCCGACAAGGUCAUGCAGGGCUACGCCUACAUCCUCACCCACCCCGGAGUCCCCUGCAUCUUCUACGACCACAUGUUCGACUGGAACCUGAAGCAGGAGAUAAUCGCACUGGCGACGAUCAGGGAGAGGAACGGCAUCCACGCCGGGAGCAAGCUCCGGAUCCUCGUCGCCGACGCCGACGCCUACGUCGCUGUCGUCGACGAGAAGGUCAUGGUGAAGAUCGGGCCGAGGUACGACGUGGGCAACGUGGUGCCGUCGGAUUUCCAUCCCACGGUGCACGGCAAGGACUACUGCGUCUGGGAGAAGGGGUCCCUCCGUGUCCCGGCUGGGCGCCACCUAUGAGCAUUUGCCGAUUGUCUUAUGCUUUUGCAGCUCAAUUACGGGUUCUAAUUAAUUCCUAAAUCUACUUCUGUACACGAUUGUAGCGUUCGAAUAAAUGAACCAAGCUUGAUCUCCCGGUCAAUUGCCGGGCAUAUGUAGCUUGCUAGGUUAUGUUUGUAACUUUGUAUCAUGGAAACUACUUGUAGUUUGUAAUCGUUGAGAAGUACGUCAGGCUCAGGAUGCAGUAAAAUCUUACUGCACCGGUGAGUGUUAAUUUUAUGGUAAAGUUAUUCUCCAUAUGUAUGAAUUGUAGAUCAUUUAUCUUGGUGCACUAAUUAA